GCAUUGGCCUUUGGGUCGCAAGUCAAAGUCGUCGCCAUAUUGGAGAGGCAAAGACCGGCGCGUAAUCAAAUGCGAAAGUGGAAAGGUAAACGGGCUAGCUGCAUUUAUUUUUUAUAUAAAUAGCCCUAUGCUGUCUACAUUUCUAAACCGAUUACAGUUGGUCGUUUUUUUCAAGUGAUCAUGAACCACGUGGACUAAAAUAUUAAAUAAAAAAAUAUUAAAAAAAUAUGUACAUAAUGAUCAAUAUAAAAACGACUCAUUUAAAUCGGUGUAAAAACGUUAAAACCUCCCCAGUAUAUCGCAUUGGUUUACAGGCCAGUCUUGCCCUCUCCAAUAUGGCGCCGACGUUGACGUAUCCCAGCUACAGUUGUGGUCCGCACGGCGUCUGUGUAUACAAGUCUGCGUACGCGCUGACAUCCAUCGAUGACAUCGGUGCAGCAUCAUUCGACUCCGGCUGCGAACCGUUUUCCCUGUGUCGUCAGUUCCGUGAACGUAGCGUACCCUCGGUGGAAAAAUAAGGUAGAGGAUUAGAAGGACGGGAUCCUCUGCUUAGUCGAUGCCAGUCGGUUCCCCUGGUCAUGUAAAAAUAUCCAUGAGCGAGAGCACACGAUCGUUGCGUGGUAUUUCUUCAUUUGGAUUGGAUAUUUGGAAUUGAUCACGUCUAAGGAAGGCACUAAGUGGGAUGCACUUAGCCUGUUAUUAGCUUGCAGCGGUAGCCAUCCGAACACCUUACACCAGGACCAAGACCAACCCCUCGGUCUACGAUGACAGACGGCAUCAUGAGCAAGGCAGCCACCAUGGAGAUCCCCAUCAACAGCAACGGAGACACGGGGACGUUACCCGAGGAUGACAGCCUUGAACAGGCUGCUAAGCUCCAGUGGAGCUUAGAUGAGAAGGUAGGAUACUCCAGAGACACCAGGGACCUGCAGCAGGUCAUGGUGUCGGGGCCCAAUCUCAAUGAAACCAGCAUCGUUUCCGGGGGUUAUGGCGGUACAGCCGAGGGCAUCAUUCCCACCAGCUCCAUCAAAGGGCCAGCGAUUUACGUCAACUAUGGGUUUAACAAAAGGAUCCCAAACGCAGGAAUAGGAUCCAACAUCAACCACAGCGCAAGCAGCUCGUCGCUGGCAGACGACGCCAACCGCGGCGUGGCCGUGGAGAAACUGGAGUACGUCAAGAAAUGGGGCCUCAACACCUACAAGUGCACCAAGCAGAUGAUCUCGGAGCGCUUCGGGCGGGGCUCGCGUACCGUGGACCUGGAGCUGGAGGCGCAGAUCGAGGUGCUGCGGGACACCAAGAGGAAGUACGAGAACAUGCUGCGGCUGGCCCGGGCGCUGACCAACCACUUCUACAGCAUGGUGCAGACGCAGCACGCGCUGGGCGACACCUUCGCCGACCUCAGCCAGAAGUCCCCGGAGCUGCGGGACGAGUUUGGCUACAACGCGGAGACCCAGAAGCUGCUGUGCAAGAACGGGGAGACUCUCCUGGGGGCGGUCAACUUCUUCGUGUCCAGCAUCAACACGCUGGUCAACAAGACCAUGGAGGACACCCUGCAGACCAUCAAGAUGUACGAGAACGCCAGGCUGGAGUUCGACGCGUACCGGGCUGACCUGGAGGAGCUGAGCCUGGGCCCGCGGGACGCCGUGACCAUGGCCCGCAUCGACGCCGCCCAGCUGCAGUUCCAGGUCCACAAGGACAAGUACGAGCAGCUGCGCGCCGACGUCACCAUCAAACUCAAGUUCCUGGAGGAGAACAAGGUCAAGGUGAUGCACAAGCAGCUGCUCCUCUUCCACAACGCCAUCUCUGCCUAUUUCGCCGGCAACCAGCAGCAGCUGGAGCAGACGCUGCAGCAGUUCAACAUCAAGCUGAAGCCCCCCGGAUCCGACAAGCCCUCCUGGCUGGAGGAGCAGUGAGGUGGGGCGCGGAGGAGAGACCCCGCCCA